UGCUUCCAAUUCGUCUCACCGGAGCGGAGCAGAGUAGAGAAGAGCAGCAGCAUUUUCCGGUGAACUCAUUGAUUGAUCGCCAUGUCUCCUAUUACCCUUGCGAUUACCCCCAAUCAUACCUCUUCUUCUUCUUCCUCUUCGAUGGUUGCUGUGGCUUCCGCCGGUGCGGGAGCUGUUGAGGUCGUGUCGAAGUGCACGGUGACGCCGGACCGGGCGUCGGAGCUCGGCGAGCUCCGGCUCUCGGUGUCGGACCUCCCGAUGCUGUCUUGCCAAUACAUCCAAAAAGGCCUCUUUUUUACGCCUCCGCCGAUGCCCAUUCCGGCACUCGUCUCGCUCCUGGUCUCGUCUCUCGGCCGCGCGCUCUCCCUCUUCCCUGCCCUCGCCGGCCGCUUCGACACCCUCGCCGAUGGUAGCGUCGUUAUCCUCUGCAACGACGCGGGUGCUGAGUUUUCCUACGCGGUUGCUCCGUCGCUGUUGACGUCCGACCUCCUUCCACCUAACGCUGACGUGCCUCAAGCCGUCAAGGCUCUGUUCCCCCUCGACGGCGCCGUGAGCUUCCACGGCCACUUCCGCCCGCUAGCUUGUUUCCAGCUCACGGAGUUUGGUGACGGCGCGGUCUUUCUCGGCGCCGUCGUCAACCAUUCCGUCGUCGAUGGGACCUCGUUUUGGAACUUUUUUAAUGCUUGGGCGGAGCUCUGCCGCGGGGGUCACCCCGCGCCGCCGGAUUUCCGGAGGAACUACUUCGGGGAAUCGAAGGCGGUGCUGCGGUUCCCCGGCGGCCGCGGCCCCGAGGUGACCUUCCCGGUGGGAGCACCGCUUCGGGAGCGCGUCUUCCGGUUCAGCCGCCACGCGAUUCUCGCGCUCAAAUCGAGAGCCAACGGCGGCGGGGGUCAUUCGACUGCCGAGAUUUGCGGGAAGCAAGUCCACGACAAGAAGGCGGCCUCGCCGGAUGUUAAAAAGGAGGAGAUUUCGGCGUUCCAGUCGCUCUGCGCCCUGAUGUGGGUGUCGGUCACGAGGGCGCGUAAGCGACUGGCGCCGGAAGCGACGACGACGUUCCGCAUGGCGGUCAACUGCCGGCACCGGGUGGUGCCGUCGGUGUCGGCGAACUACUUCGGGAACGCGAUACAGAGCAUCCCGACGCAAGCGGCAGUGGGGGAGGUGGCCACGCGGGAUCUUCGAUGGGCGGCGGCGCUGCUGCACCGCGGCGUGGCGGCGCACGGCGAUGAGGUGGUGCGGCGCGGGGUGGCCGAGUGGGAGGCGGCGCCGCGGUGCUUCCCCCUGGGGAAUCCUGACGGCGCGGGGCUCACCAUGGGAAGCUCCAACCGCUUCCCCAUGUACGAAGGGAACGACUUCGGGUGGGGUCUGCCGGUGGCGGUGAGGAGCGGGCGAGCGAACAAGUUCGACGGAAAAAUGUCGGCUUUCCCCGGGAGGGAGGGAGGGGGAAGCGUGGAGCUGGAGGUGUGCCUGGCGCCGGAGACCAUGGCAACCCUGCUGCGCGACAACGAGUUCAUGAGCUACGUGGACGAAGACUAAAGUAGAGGGAGGCGGCCGCCGCCGCUGCCGCCGCUUCGAGGCAGUUAAUAUUAAAAAAUCUGCAAUUAAGUGCUAAAAGCUGUCACUUUUUUGCUAGUUUUAGAUUUUGUUGCUAUCUAAUAAGGCAUCACGUUGUGUGCUCAAGGUUUGAUCUUAGAUUUUGUUCUGAUUCAGUUUCUUUUUUCUUGUUUUUUUGGAAGAUGAAUUUAACUGUUUCUAGAUUGUUCAUUUACUUACGUUCAAAUAUAUUUAUUAGAAAUCUCAA